UCAGUAGUCAGAGGUCAUCCCUAAACCAAAGACGUCAGUCUAUCAGUCAAUCCAUCAAAGUUUGUUUUCACUUUUUAUUUUUUGUGUUUUUAAAUUGUACGUUUGUGGAUAAACAAACAUAAUAAUAAUGGCAAUGAGAAUCGUUGCCUGGUUUGGUUUAGUUUCCAUCAUCAUUACAGGCUUAUUCGGUUUCGGUAUUUACUUGACUUUGCUUACAUUUUUUGUGUCUUUUCUAAUUGGAGUGAUAACGAUUUUAUACUUCUCUUAUGACAACAAAAAGAUAUUUACGGUUGAUUUGGACUGUCUCGAUGAUCCCUUGCAACGCACAAACUAUUCCAUUCAGAUACCAAAGAUAUUGGAAUUAUUCAAAAAGGAAACCGCCUUACCAAAGUUUGACAAUAGAAUAACAGGCAGUGAGACCGUUGAUUCGUUUCUCAAUGAGAUUAUUGUAAUCAUAAUCAACGAUUAUGUGACACCAUGGUACGAGAUACUGACAAGCGAUGAAGAGUUUACAACACAUGCCAUUAAACGUUUGGUGCUGGCCACUGGUGCUAAUGUAGCUAAUAGGAUAAAAAGUGUGGACUGGAUACACUUAUUAUCAACGAGAUUCCCAGAAGAACUUACCACACAUUUAAAAUUAUUCAAACAGUCCAGAGUAAGGCUGAAACACAUAGAUUUAUUGAACAGUAAAGAGUUGGGCAGUGACAGUACAAGGCCAAGUCCUAAGAAACAAGAUGACAAGAAAAGUCACAGGAGAAAUAAAAGUGAAACUGAUUUAUCGUGGCCACCAGAUUCGCAAACAUUUGGUAAAUCGAAAUUUUAUGAUAGCUCAGAAAACAUAACUGGAAAAACGCUGAAGGACAUAUUCUUUGAACUGGAAUGCUCAAUUGAAAAUAAACAAAUAUGUCGCGAUGUAUUCUGUAUGAAUGCAGACAAAGAAUAUGAAUUACUCUGCGAGGUAUCUGAGGCUGUGCUGUAUCUAGUCGCUCCCGAGGAGGCGUGGAAAUGUCAUGCAUUAAAAGUUAUUUUGAUAGAACUAUUGUCAGCUGUUGUACUGCGGCCCAUUAUCAACCUGUUGAGCGACCCUGAUAAUAUCAACAGAACUAUUAUUAGGAUGUGUUGUCGCGACUCGUCACUGCCAUCAGAACUAUUUCUUAUAGUAAUAAGAUGUUGCAGCGACGCUGAAGAAUUGGACUCCACUUUGGAAUUAGUACAAAAAGAUAUACAGAAACUGCACUCAAAAGACAGUGCGGGUGAAUGGGAACUGCAAGACCGCCAGAAGCUGUCAUCGUUGCAAUAUUUGACCAGGAUUAUGCAAGCAAGGCGGGCUACAUUGGGACCUCAAGAAGGGGCUUCAAACAACACAGCCGCGGAAAAAAUAUCCGAAGAAGUUGCUCGAUCACUAAAGUUUUUAAGAGCGACGGCGGCGUGGAGGUCGAACGCACAGUAUCUAUUGGAAAUUGAAUUAAAUGAAGCAGAUGCCCCGCACACGUCAAAAGCAGUCAUAGACAAUUUACGUUCGUCGGCAUUAGAGCUAUGUGAUUUAUAUUUAGCUCCCAACAAGCCAGCCAUAAUGGGAGUGCCGGACAAUUGUCACGCUGAGUUAGUUAGAAAGAUCACAACAGAAGGCGAGGAGUUUACGAACAACCCUGUAAUUUGUUUCGACGAGGUUCAAAAGUGCGUUUGCGACGCUUUGGAGGACGAUCCCUCCUGGCAAUCCGAUUUCAUGAUGGACAACGAAGACAGCUCCGAUAAAAAUCACAGCGACUACAAGAAGGACGACAAAUCGGACAGGAAAUACAGCGACAAAUGCAAGAAAAUCGUGAAAUCUUGCUUGAACCAGUUGCCGAGGCUGUGGUCCAAGUCGAAAUAUAAAUACGAACUACCGAACAAGUCGUUUACGUUCCCACGCUCGUUGACGCGACGGACGCCAAGUAACAAGAACCACACGAUACCUAAAUGCAGUGUGUUUGGUGAUUUUUUGUCAGUGCCUGGAGCGAGACAUAAUCGUUCCCGUUCCGACAUAGUCGGAAAUUUGGCACAAAAGAUGAUCAAUGAAAGCGCAGGACCAUCAAACUUGACAUCGGCGAACACGAGCAACCUAUCUUUGUCGCAUUCGGAGAUCAGUCGUAACGCGAAGAAUUUCAUGUCUCCAUUAUCGGCAUGUAUUAUAGAGACAGCUUUGGUCCAAGAAAAGGGUCGCGCCUUUGGUAUCUACGCAAUAGCUGUAACAAGAUUGUCCGACAAUGAAGUGUGGCAUAUUUACAGAAGAUAUAGUGAUUUCUAUGAUCUGCACAGUUCUAUUAAAGAAAAGUGGCCAGAAUUAGGUCAUAUUCCCUUCCCAGCCAAGAAGACGUUUCAGAAUACGUCAAGAACUGUUCUAGAAACUCGAAAGAGGAUGUUAAAUAAUUACUUGCAAACGCUGGCCAGCCUCGCCCGAGAAAGUAAAUAUAUGGCGCUGUUGUCGCAAGAUUAUUUGGGAGGCUUUCUCAGUCCCGAAAAUCAACAGGAGAAACAUAGUAAUACGAUCGACGCUCUACUAGUGAAUUCUCUACGAGCUGGCAUGAGGACAUUAAAGAACAUGCCCGAUCAAUUCGCGAACACCGUUGACGGAGUCAUGGAUGGUAUAUCAAAAGUGUUCCAGGGUAAAAGCGGUGAAAAUUAUUAUGAAGCUUUCAAAACUGGAACCACUACGGACGGCCAGGACGAUAGUGAUGAAAGUGUCCCGCUGAAGUUACUGGAGGAAGUGUUGGGCAUCAGAGGUCUGUGGCUGCGGCGUCGUUUACUCGCGCCUAUAAGGACCUUGAUAGCAGAUAGGGUCAACAAGAAGGUCCUCGAAUUGGUAUCGUCGUUGACGUCACCGAGAAAUGUUGUACAAUAUUUGAAAACAUUCAAACAAUGGCUGACAAGUCGACACAACGCGAGUUAUACAAAUAGAGAUUCGGCGACCAAAGCAAGAACGAGAGUCGCAGCUAAAGUAGCCUUGCUGUCCGCAUGCUCAGACGAUUUAAGGCACAUAGUUGGGUCCGACACGACGCGUAGAGGACUUCUCACGGUUUUCGAUCUCUUCCAAACACAGGAGAUUAAUAGGCGACUGAUAUUUGUGUUACUUGAAGCGACGCUGACGAAUUUAUUCCCCGACAACAACAUCCAGGAGUUGUUCAAGAAAUUAUACUCUAACUCACCGAGAGUGCCGGCGCCUAAGAAAAGUACGAACGUAUGAGUAUUCUCCCAUUGAUGGCUUUAUUAAUAGUCUUUAUUUUAGAGCUACUGAAUAAAGUUAAUAUUUAAAACGAAAUAAAAUAUUUGCUUUUUAAAACAGCUCAAAAUAUUUUUUUUUGCGAAAUUCAAAAUACUGAACAAAAAAAAAAUGUUCCAAUUAUUUUUAUCGAUAUGAGGGUAGUCAUGAUUGUAAAAAUGUUUAUUUAAGGGAUUAAAAUACUUCCACAUUUAGACGUAGCUGACUGCAUUAGAAUUUAUUUGUUACGACUCUUCAUGUCUAUAAAGGGAAUUAAGCGUUGAAGUGAUAAUCGAAAUUAAGUUAACAUAAAUAUAUUAAAGUUCCAUUGUUAACAUCGCGAUAUCUAUAUACAUAAUUGUUUUUGUUGUCGAUACAAUUUCAUGAGUUUAAUGUGCUGGCAGAUGCUUUUACGGCCUGUGCCUAAAAUAGUAAAAAAAUCGGUAUUCCACGUUAGUUAGGUAAUUUGGAAACCAAUAUGGCCGACUCGGUAAGUAUCGAAUAUUUUGUGUGUGCCAAAUGUUGACACGUUAGCCCCGGGUGGUUUUUUGUUUUAGUGCAAUUUUACUCUUUAUUAUUAGCUAUUAUUCGUGUAUAAAUGGGUGAAGUAGUUAAUUUUUUUGCCUAUCAUAUAUUGAAAUCAUUUUUUUUAUUUGUCCAUUCAAAAUUUCGAUAUGUUUCUAAAAUAUGUAAUUUUUGCAACGAUUUCACAUUCCGUGAUCCAAAAAAUAUGUGACAGGUAAAAAUAAUUGUAUAUAAUAUUAUAUAAAUGUUUUAUGUCGAAUAGCUUCCAAAUUUCGAGGUGGGUAACAAGCAUGAAUGAAUACUGUAUGUUAUUUAAAAUACUUUAAAUGCUACAUGUUUUGAAUACCUAUUUGUUGAUAUCAGGAAGUAGUUAUUUCAAACACGUAGCAUUUGAAUCUUAUUCUAGAAAAUUCUAAUUCGCAUUAUUUCUAACCGAACUUAAUACCUUAGUACUACUGACUUUAAGUUCAAUAUUGAUGAAUUAUUAUUAACUGAAAUAAACAAUUUGGCGUAUUAGCAUUUGAUACAUUAUAGACUAAAAUUCAGUAUUAGAAAUAAUUAAUUAAGACAGUUAUAGCAACAAGUGUUUCUGAAUAUCUCAAUUUUGUAUAUUUAUAGCUAUGAGCAAUAAUAACAUUUAGAAAAAUAAUGUUUGAUAGGUUGUCUUUUUUUAUUUCAUUACAUAUUUUGAAUGUAUUGACAAAGAGAAAACAUCGAAUAGUAAUCUGUUAGGUAAGGUAUGAACACUAAAUUGUAUUCAUUUCCGAUUUUAAACCCGAGAUUGGGUUAUUUAUUAUGGUCAAGGAUGGAUUGAAAUGUUUAAAAAUAUUUGGCAACAUUUUAUUUAUUCAUAUUUCCGUUAAAAUAUAUAUAUAUAUAUUUUUUAUAAUCCAUUACUACAGAAUUUUAUGGCAUGAGUGUAAAUAAUAUAUUAAUAUGGUA